AAGGUUCAACUUGUGCACGAUUUCGUUACUUUAUAAACGAAUUCUGUAAUCUUAUCGCCGCAUAUAACAUAAACUGGAUUCACAAAAUCACGAUGAAAAUUGCUCUUUUAUGUACGGUUUUUGUAGCUGUAUUUGCUUUCAUCGGCGCUGAGCAAUGCUCUUCAAAUAGUGCUUGUCAUCACGUGACGUGUCCAGAAAAUGACUACAAUGUGGAAUGUCAUUUAUUCUCGUGUACCUGCACACAUGUCGCACAAACAUGUUCCGACGCGAGUGAUUGCCAUGACGACAACUGUCACCGUAGCGUCCAUUGCAUAGACGGCGCGUGUAGAUGCGGAUAUGGGAUACUGCCAAGUGGUGGAGGUUUCCCCGGCAAAUAGAGUGACAUCAUGUGUUCUAUGUUUAAUAAACUAUAUAGACUUUAAA